GAAGAUCCUCUUGAACCUGCACUUAGACUUAUCCCCGGUUUUUUCGGAACAGUGGUUCUGGUCAAUAGUUUUUCAAUAUUUUACGAAGGACCUUCAUUGCUGAAAUUCGAUAGAAUACCUCUUUAUGGAAUAUUUAUAAUUAGCUGUGGUUUAGGUAUUAUCACUGUCCUACUUGUGAAGUUUGUUUGGGUACCUUUGGUUCGUCGACAUAUUUUAA